AUGUCAGUCAGAGAAAAUUUAUUAGAUAUCAUUAAAUCCAUUCAAGAAAAUAAAAUCUUGGAAGCCUUUGAAAAAUAUUAUGACGAUAGUGUCGUAAUGUAUGAAAAAGGUGAUUCAACUAAUCGUGUUGGUAAAGAAGCCAAUCGUAAAGCUGAAGAAUCAUUCGUAAACAAUGCUACCAUUCAUGAAGCAAAGGUUAUUAAAAUCUUAGUCGAUGGUAAUAACACUGCCUAUGAAAUGUAUAUGGAUUUCACUUAUGGUGGUAAUAAAGUUGCUAAAACUCAAUGGGCUUUACAAGAAUGGAAAGAUGGUAAAAUCGUCAAAGAAGAAUUCUAUUAA